AUGACCGACUCGCCCGCGGUGCGUGCCCCGCUGGAUCCCCAGGAACAGCCGAUCCUGGACCAGCUGCUGAGCAUCCGCACCCAGCUCGAGCUGCUGCGUGCCGACAAGUCCACCUACGUCAAAUCCGAGGAUGUGAUCCGCCUGUAUGGCAGCAUUAUCGAGCAGGUCGAACGCGUCAACCAACUCCGCACCCGUAAACGCCUCGAACAGAAUAGAGUCGACACGGUACUGGACGACUGUUUCCAACUGAUAUCCUUGGCCUACAUGGCCAUUGGUAAGAACCAUGAAGCCCCGGCUACCUAUUCCGCCGUCUCGACCAUGAAGCGCCUGCUUGACCACCUCUACGAAGCUGCUUUUUUCUCUCCAAAGGAUCUUGACUCAAUCGAGCACCGGUUGCACGAGUACCGCACUUCCGUAGAAAGGGGCAAGGAGACGUACAGUCCGCAUCUCAUCACCCUCCUCGAAGCACGCAUGGAUGUGUGCCAAGGGCUCCUUGGAAAGCUGCAACACUCACUCGAGAAGCUGAGCUCUGAUCUGAGGCCAACCUACGAGAAGCUAGUAUCAUUAUUGCGAUCUCUUUCGGCAUGCAACACCCGGUCCAAGUACCCCGCAGCUGAAGUCAAACAGCUCCAUGAGCAAUUGAAAGAAAUUGCGGAGCAGUUUCAAGACGAAAAUCAGCUUGACGCACGCCAUUCUGAGCAGGAACGGUAUGCACAAGUCAUCGAACAUAUGCAGAUCAGGCCAAUGGAGUCAGCGCCAGAGGGAGAUGAACUGGUAAAAGACCUCCUCACUAGGUGCAUGCUCUGGCACGAUAUCAUAGAGCAAAGGCAAGGCAAGAUCGACGAGAAGUUUGCAGACGUGUAUAAGAAACUUCUCACCAUUCGGACUCAGCUCGAGAAAUUGCAGCUUACCCAAGCAUGGUCUUUGCGAGAAACCGACCUUUACAGCUUUCAACGUCAGCUAGACAGGAUCGAUGAAAGUCGGGUGGAAGGUAACUUCCUAGACGCACUGGGUCGACCUGCCGACCUUCACACCCAAAGAACGCUGCUAUAUCUCCUUCGGAAAAGCUAUGCGCUGAUCUACACGCUGAUCAUCUCCUCUGAACCUGUCUCAGAGGCUCUCCUGCCGAUCUACAACCAGCUCAACACGUUGAAGAAAUGUCUGGAGGAAGUCAGGAGAUCUGGCGGCGUAUCUUCCCCUCGCGACCUGUACCCGUACAGCAUGAAGCUGAAUUCCAUCGACAACAUGCGGCAAGAUGGAAAAUUCAUGAUUGGGGACGAUAUCCCGGACGGCCAAGGAGCAGUGAACCACCUUCUCGCCGAAUGCUUUGAGCUUGCGUAUGAGCUUAGGACUGCAGCAGAGGAGGAGUCUGGAGACGAGAGCGAGACGGUGCAGCAGGAUGCGGAGCCGCCGAAGGUCGAGGCGCAAUGA